CACUAUAAAUAGCCCUCCUCUGCCUUCCUCCCGCAUUGCCGCCUUCACGCCCCGAAUCCUCAACGUCGGACCGAAGGCACCUCUGACAAAAUGCGUGAGUGUAUCUCCAUGCACGUCGGCCAGGCCGGAGCCCAGAUGGGCAACGCAUGCUGGGAGUUGUACUGCUUGGAGCAUGGGAUCCAGCCUGAUGGCCAGAUGCCCAGUGAUAAGACCAUCGGAGGAGGAGACGACUCCUUUAAUACAUUCUUCAGUGAGACUGGUGCUGGAAAGCAUGUCCCCCGAGCCGUGUUUGUGGACCUGGAGCCCACUGUCAUUGAUGAGGUACGCACAGGUACCUACCGGCAGCUGUUCCACCCAGAGCAGCUCAUUACAGGCAAGGAGGAUGCAGCCAACAACUAUGCCCGAGGCCACUAUACCAUUGGCAAGGAGAUCAUUGACCUGGUUUUGGACAGAACACGCAAGCUGGCUGACCAGUGUACCGGCCUUCAGGGCUUCCUCAUCUUCCACAGCUUUGGUGGAGGAACUGGAUCUGGCUUCACUUCCCUCUUGAUGGAACGACUCUCUGUUGACUAUGGCAAGAAGUCCAAGCUAGAGUUUGCAGUCUAUCCAGCUCCCCAGGUGUCCACUGCAGUGGUUGAGCCCUACAACUCCAUCCUCACCACUCAUACCACCCUGGAGCACUCCGACUGUGCUUUCAUGGUGGAUAAUGAGGCCAUCUAUGACAUCUGCCGCAGGAACCUGGACAUUGAGCGUCCAACCUACACCAACCUCAAUAGGCUUAUCGGUCAGAUUGUCUCCUCCAUCACAGCCUCACUGCGCUUCGAUGGAGCCCUGAAUGUGGACCUGACGGAGUUCCAGACCAACUUGGUGCCCUACCCUCGUAUUCACUUCCCCCUGGCCACCUAUGCCCCAGUGAUCUCUGCUGAGAAGGCCUACCACGAGCAGCUGUCUGUGGCUGACAUUACCAAUGCCUGCUUUGAGCCAGCCAAUCAGAUGGUCAAGUGUGAUCCUCGCCAUGGCAAGUACAUGGCCUGCUGCCUGCUGUACCGUGGAGAUGUGGUUCCCAAAGAUGUCAACUCUGCCAUCGCCACAAUCAAGACCAAGCGCACCAUCCAGUUUGUAGACUGGUGUCCCACUGGCUUCAAGGUGGGUAUCAACUACCAGCCUCCCACUGUGGUGCCUGGAGGAGAUCUUGCCAAGGUCCAGAGGGCUGUAUGCAUGCUGAGCAACACCACUGCCAUCGCUGAGGCUUGGGCUCGCCUUGACCACAAGUUUGACCUGAUGUAUGCCAAGAGGGCCUUCGUCCACUGGUACGUGGGAGAGGGCAUGGAGGAGGGAGAGUUCUCCGAAGCUCGAGAGGAUAUGGCUGCCCUGGAGAAGGACUACGAAGAGGUGGGAACAGACAGCGUUGGUGAGGAAGAUGAGGAGGGAGAGGAGUACUAAGAAGGAAAUCCAAGCAGGACCCUCCCCCCCUCCAUAUUUCAUUCCAAAAGGCCUGCUUGUAAUGAGUUUACUGUUUAUAUGCAAUGGGUGACAUUAGGUGGACAUUUGAAGUCCUUAUUCCACAGUUUUGAUACAUUCCAUACUGUGAAAAAUGAGACCUCUCCAGCAAUGCUAUUGUGAAGCAUCAGCUUAUUCAAUAAAUUCCAUUUAAAGUG